AUGAAGGUCUCCGCAGCGCUCCUGGGCCUGCUGCUCCUGGCUGCUGCCUUCAGCCCCCAGGGCCUCGCUCAGCCAGAUGCCCUCAAUGCCCCGGCCACUUGCUGCUUCACGUUUAGCAGUAGGAAGAUCCCCUUGCAGAGGCUGAAGAGCUAUUACAUCACCAACAGCCAGUGUCAACAGAAGGCUGUCAUCUUCAGAACCAAACUGAACAAGGAGGUCUGUGCCGACGUGAAGGAGAAGUGGGUCCAGAGUUAUGUGAAACACCUGGAACAAAAACCCACGCUCUGA